AUGUACAACCCUUAUCAAGGUUCGCACCUCUAUGGCCGGCCUGGAGAGUAUGGAAGCUAUCCUGGUGCGCCUCCAGGCAUGGGCGCCCCUCCAGGUAUGGUCGCUCCUGGGACGUCCCUCCCCCCAGGGAUGCAGCAAGCGAACGCGCAACAGCCAGGUCGUCCCGGUGGCUUCCCAGCCAACUUUCAGCCUCCUCCCAAUAUGCCAAACAUCAACUUUUCCGCACCAGUCAUUCGACUCGGUACAGCAGCUCCUGCGAAGUCGGCGACACCCGAUGGAACCGGACGAACCGGUGAGGCGACUCGACGAGCAGGACUCGGCGCUACCAGCGUUGAAUCACAGCGCCAGAAUAUCCGCGAUGCGAUGAUGCAGCUCCAGCCGCCGACAAAAGAGGAAAUCCUAAGAACUAUAUUCGUUGGUGGUAUUACGGAAGGUACAGGUGGCGAUGAUGGUGUCGAGCAUAUUCUGCGUUGUGCGGGCAAUUUGAAACGCUGGAUUCGCGCCACUGAUGCUGAUGACAAGCCUUGCAAGUUUGGAUUUGCCGAAUACGAGGAUCCCGAAAGUCUCAGCGUUGCGCUGGAAGUUUUGAAAGAUAUCGAGGUUCCAGUAAAACGACAAAUGCCAAAAGAAGGAGGCGACGAGGAGGCUGCUGAAGUGGAAAAGGCCAAGUUACUGGUGGUAUUUGACGAAGGCACUUUAAAAUACGUCGAGCAAUACCAGUCUACUAGGAAUGAGGAGGAUGAUUCCAAUCGCGCCGCCCGUCUAGACGCUGCCCGCCAAUCGCUUUCCACCGUGCUCUCAGAAUUGACGCAUCCAGUCGUACCUCCACAAGCUGAGGAUGCAUCUACCGUUGACCGCGACGGCGACGUGUCUAUGCAUGAAGCAGGCAAAGACUCCGCGGAAGUCGUUACUAUUCCCAUCGCCGCCGAGGACGAACUAUCGGAUAUACCAGCUGAGAUGCGCGAGACAGUCGCCAGGGAAAUCGCUGCUUUCAGAGAGCGUAGCAACCGUCGCGAUCUCGAGCGCCUUCGUCGAGAGGAGGAAAUUGAGUCAAUGGAGCGUGCGAGAAAUUCCGGGGGUCGUGUGAACAGGUUGGCCUCGCCUCCUCUGUCGGCGCCUAGUGGGCCUGCCGGAGGAGUUAACGGAGUUCCUCUUGGACCCCGCGAUCGUUCUAUCGCCAACGCACCCUCAGGGCCUAAAGGAUUUGGCGUGCAGAUUCCUAAGGAAUACCAUAAAGGGGUUUCAUUUGUGAAUGGCCAUGGAGUGCCCGUUGGCCAGGAAGAUGAGGAUACCGAUGCCAGUGACGAGGAGCUUGAGCGUCGGAGACAAGAAAAGAAAGACGCAGAGUUGGAGAAGCAAUUCCUAGACCAGGAGCGCAGAUGGCUGAACCGUGAGCGCAGUCGUACAGCCGCCGUUGAACGUGAGAGGAAGCGUGACAAGGAAGAGGACGCCAAGCUUGACGAAGCCAAAGAAGCUAUGGCGAAGCUUCUUCGCGAGUGGGAUGAUGAUGUGGAAGCUAGUCGCAAGGUGGAGGAAUACUAUGCGGACCACGGAGCCUGGAUGCGCAACCGUGCGGCUGUUCGUGGACGUGAGAUCAAAGCCGACGAAGCUGAUCGCGCUGCCGAAGGACGCGAGAAGGCCCGAUCUGCUCAACAACGUGAACAAGCUCGUGGCAUGGCAGACGACUUCCUGGCUCGUCAAGCCGAAGAGCUUGAAGCACAACCCCAGGCACCACGUGAACCUCAGCGAUUCAAGCUGUCUCUUGGUGCAGCGGCACAGCAAAAAGCACAGGCUGCUACGACCCGCCGCACUGUUGCUGAAGUCGAAGGUCUACUGGAAGACGAAGAAGAGAGCACUGCUACCACAAAGCGCACUCUCGUUCCAAUUAAGUUUGAUAGCGCUGCAGAGGCUUCCGGUCUCACUGACGAAGAAAGGGCUCAGGCUGUCAGACAGCUUGCGGCAGAAAUUCCUUCGGAUAAGGAAGGCCUAUGGAAGUGGAAUGUCAAGUGGGAGUUUGUCGACGAGUCUGUCCUUGGCGAGCAGCUGAAACCGUUUGUCGAGAAGAAGAUUAUGGAAUACCUUGGUGUGCAGGAGGAGAUGUUGGUUGAUGUUGUUGAAGAGCAUAUCCGCCGCCAUGGCGAGCCUCAGGAGCUGGUCGAGCAAUUGGCCGAGGCAUUGGACGAGGAAGCGGAAGUUCUGGUCAAGAAGCUGUGGCGUAUGAUUAUCUUCUUUUCUGAAAGCGAGAAGCGAGGUCUUUCGACAUAA